AUGAUGGAGAACAAUUGUUAUACAACAUUGAAACAGAACUUGAGGAACCUUCUGUCAGUGGGAGGCCAGAAUCCAAACAAGAUGGAGAUUCUUCACGCAACAAAUUUAAGGUGCCUUUCACUGGGGCGGCUUCCAGGCUGGCAGAUGAUAAGUCAUCAUGUCAACAAACCGGCCAGAACUCCAGAAGUUGUUGGUUCUCACUUCUUAGAACACUGCCGCUUCUCCUGCCUCAGGGGAGCAGAAGAGCUUUCCCAGGACUCCGAGGACAAUAGCUGUCCGGAGAGUCUCACAAGCGACCAUUCCAGCAAUACUGAAAAUCAGGAAUUUCUGUCUGAUAGAGCUCAGAGUUCUUGGAGAAAAACACAUCUAAGCCAGAGACAGAAUCAUCAGAAACACUGUCCAAAGACUCUGGUGAAAAACAAGCCACAGCUGUUGGCACCUGGAGAUGACAUUUUGAGUCGCAUUUCUCACUACAAUAACAGUAUACUGCAUAAAAGAGACAAAGCCCACAGCAGCGGUGACUGUAGUAAAGUCAUCUGUCCCACAUUAACCAUUACCCAACAUGGUGUUCACACAGAACGGAAGACCUACAAGUGCAGCAAGGGCGGAGAAGCCAUCAUUGAUAGCCCCCGUUUAAAACUCCAUCAGAAGGUCCUCUUAGGAAAGGGGUCCCCUGAACCUAGUACAUACAGUGACACCAGGCAUAGCUCCAGUGUCUCCAUUCAACAAAGUGUUCAGUCAGGAAAAAAGCGCUACUGGUGUCAUGAGUGUGGCAAGGGAUUUACUCAGAGCUCGAGCCUUCAGACUCACCAGAGAGUGCACAGUGGGGAGAAGCCUUACACCUGCUCUGAGUGCGGCAAGAGCUUUAACCAGAGCUCGCACCUGUAUGCUCACCUGCCCAUUCAUACAGGGGAGAAACCCUAUACAUGCAACACCUGUGGGAAAGGCUUCAGCCGCAGCUCGGAUCUCAACAUUCACUGCCGAGUGCACACUGGAGAGAAACCUUACAAGUGUGAGGUGUGUGGGAAGGGCUUCACCCAAUGGUCUCAUCUCCAGGCCCACGAGAGAAUCCACACAGGAGAGAAGCCAUAUAAAUGUGGAGACUGUGACAAAUGCUUCAGCUGUAGCUCAAACCUUCACAGCCACCAGAGAGUCCACACUGAGGAGAAACCCUACAAGUGUGAUGAAUGUGGAAAGCACUUCAGCUUGAGAUCUAACCUUCACAGCCAUCAGCGUGUCCACACAGGAGAGAAGCCAUAUAAAUGUGAAGAGUGCGGAAAGGGCUUCAGUUCAGUCUCAAGCUUCCAAAGCCACCAGGGGAUCCAUACAGGAAAGAAGCCAUUUUGCUGCAAUGUGUGUGGGAAGGGCUUCAGUCGGAGCUCAUAUUUUCGAGCCCACCAGAGAGUUCACACUGGGGAAAAACCCUACAAAUGUGAAUUAUGUGGAAAGUGCUUUAGCUGGAGCUUUAACCUUCACAGUCACCAGAGAAUGCACACACGGGAGAAACCAUACAAGUGUAAGGUGUGUGGGAAGGGCUUCACGCAAAGAUCACAUCUCCAGGUCCAUGAAAGAAUUCACACAGGAGAGAAGCCAUACAAGUGUGGAGACUGUGGGAAACACUUCAGCUGUAGCUCAAACCUUCACACCCACCAGAGAGUCCACAUGGAAGAAAAGCCCUAUAAAUGUGAAGAGUGUGGGAAAGGCUUUAGUCACGCCUCAAGUUUGCAUGUUCAUCAGAGUGUCCACACUGGUGAGAAGCCAUUCAAGUGCAAUGUGUGCCAGAAACGGUUCAGUCAGGCCUCACACCUCCAGGCGCAUCAGAGGGUGCACACAGGGGAGAAGCCCUUCAAAUGUGACACGUGCGGGAAAGCCUUCACUCAGAGGUCCAAUCUCCAAGCCCAUCAGAUUACUCAUACUGGGGAGAAGCCGUUCAAGUGUGAGGAGUGUGGAAAGGAAUUCAGCUGGAGUGCAGGGCUUACUGCUCACCGGAGGAUCCACACAGGACAAAAACCCUACAUGUGCCAGCAGUGUGGAAAGGGCUUCAGUCAGCCCUCGAACUUCCACAUGCACCAGAGGGUCCACACUGGGGAGAGACCCUACAUCUGCAGCAUCUGCUCUAAGGGCUUCAGUCAGAGAUCACAUCUCGUCUACCACCAGAGGGUCCACACUGCAGGGAAUCUCUAGGUUUGUUUUGCUGUCAGAUGGGCUUCCUGCUGCUUGCUGCUUGUUUAAAAAAUUCCCCCCCAAACCCAGAGACUUUGGGAGACUUCACGGGGAGAUGUGUUUCAGUUUAAGAGAUCAGUUCCUUUGCAGGGGUAGGGGGUGGCUGUUCAGGAACCUGCUCUGUAGACCACACUGGCCUCAGAUUCACAGUGAUAUACCUGCCACUGCCUCCCAAGUAAUGCAAUUAAGGUUGUGUACUAGCACCAAUUGAUUUCGAGAUCAGUUAUUUACAGAUGUCAGAAAUCAUAAAAGAGAGGAAAAUUGCUGUAUAAAUAUGUUCAUCAUGCUCAAAGAGUUCCAAGUCUGCUGCCCUCAAUAGGGAAAUCUCAGCAUCCAUCCUGGUCUAUGCAGAGAGCCCUCAAGGUAGGCUUUAACCAAAGUGGUCAUUGGCAGAACCAGUGUUGAUUGAAGCAUCACUUCCAAAUACAAAGAGCCCCUCUGUAUCUGCUGUGCAGAGCCGCAUGUGGCUCAUGGUUAAGCCAUUUCUGAAGCGAGUGUAGAUGUGUAGCCAUAAUGUUAUUGGGCUCUAUUAAAAGAUUAUAGUUAUAUUAUUCAGUGCUGAUAUCAGUGCCCUCAUAUCUGGUUGUAAUUCUUAUUCUGAGGAUCUUCUGUCUCAAUGCUGUAUAACCAUUGUUCCCCUAUUGUUCCCUGAUACAUCAAAAAAGAGCUGAACAGCCAGUGACUGAGUAAAGGAGAGAAUGGAGCUGGACUUCCUGACAGCCAGGGGAUGGGUAGAAAGAGGAAGUGGGGCAUUCAGCUACAGAGAAAGGUUCAGGAGAUGGCAUGACAAAACUGUUGAAGCAAAGAAAGUCAUAAAGUGCAAGUAUCUUGGGGAUUUUGGCUGGGAGGUAGCCAGAUUUGAUUAGAGGAUUUAAAUAGAGUAUUAAUUUUUUAAUAUUGUGCUAUAAAGCUUGUUAAAUCAAUAACAAAAUCUAGUCACAAUUAUUGUGGAGCUAGCCAGGGUAGGGAAAACUAAAUUUACACUAAGAUUUUUGCACUCAAUGUAGGGCAAGACUUUACAUAAAAUCCCAACUGAGAUAGAAACAAGUAUUCCCAAGUAUAGAGCAGUUUCUUAGCUCUCUUCUUAAUAAGUGCCAGAGCCCAGCAGCAGAGUUGAAUGGUUCUUGAGUCGGGAAUGAGGAUUGAAAGAAAAAUUAAUAAACCAACACACUACACAUGAGAUCUUCCUGAAGAAGGCUCUAGUAGAAAAGUAGUUGCCAGUUUAUUCCAGUAAUCCCGUUUUAAGUUAGAGCAAAAGCACCUCAGUACAAGAAUAAAUUCACAGGCACGCCAAAACUUCUUUACCUUGACCACCUGUCUGUGUGAUCAUCACACAAACAAAAGGUGUGAACUUAAGACAUCCCACCUGCUGUCUUAAACAAAAAGAGAUAGACUCAGCAGCUUAUCACUGACUCCAGUGAAGGUUGGGGAGAUCAAAGCAGCCUGGCAGACCAGCGGCUACCCACAAAUAAGAAAAAAAUAAAUAAAAAUUAGUUACUUAACAACAGCAGUUUUUUAGGCAGCAGCUCCUGGCUCUUUGAUGAGACACCUGCCCUGUUCAUGUGCAGCAAGGCCCAGGCAGGCAAUGCAGAAGCAGUCCUUUUAAGACACAACUCCUGAGGAAAAAAACGAGACUAAAACUGCCUCUUUAACACUGGGAAGCUUCCCUAUGUUUUCUAGCCAUUCAGGAGGCUAAAUACUUUUGAGAAGGAGCUCACGCUAGCCAGAGGAACAAGCCCUCUUCCUAGCCAGGGGAAAGGGAUUCAGUGAGACAGCUUCCAGUUGCAGCUUGGGUGGCAGAAAAGCUGCUCCCUGUAAAGAAAAGGACAUGGGAGGGCAGCUCAGAGCCUGGAAAAGCAGAACUCAGACAGAGAUAAAGAACAAAAUUUCUGAACAUGUAAAAAUUGUUUCAAGUUACGUUUUAAUGCUAAAAAGGGACAGAUUGGAGGUGAAAUUUCAUAGAUAUAAUUUCAAGUUGAUAGAUACAAAGGAAAUAAGACAUAAAGAUGAGAUGCACAAUGAUACAGAUCUUUUGUAUUUUAUAAUUUUAAGUGGUACAAAAAUAGAAAUAAAAGAUAAAUAGAUACUUGA